CCUGUCGCAUUAAUACACCGCUUGCUUAUUUUUAAAGUUUAACUGAAUUAAAACACCCUUCCAGCAAAUGAAGCGCUGGCAUGGUCCUAUUAGGGGCGAACUACUACCCCGCGCCCUGACCCUUGCCCCGAAAGCGACCUGCAAGAGGCAUGGACUCUGUUGGAUAAUGCUGUGGCCAGGAUGAUUGCUACUCUUCCUGAGAGCAUUCCUGCGCCUGACGUUACCUUCGGUAGCUACACUCUGCAGAACAGCAGCCUCUCCAUUCCGAGCCUUAUGCCCGUGAACAUGACCGCGGUGGACGCUGUGUGUGGAGCUGACGAGAGGCAUUUUCCAUUCGUCAUAGGAGUCGGGGUGGAUGCCACAAUGACCGGAAAUUACCAGUACUACUUCACGGGCGACAAUGUCACAACGGCCGAACAUCGUGGAGGAAUGGAGGUCACUUAUAAAGCCGUCUCCUUCAAAGGAAAACUCAUCCAACAUUUGGGCCACGCAAGCGGAAGUAGCAGUGACGGCAAUACUUCCAUCUCGCAGCUAGUAGUGUGGAAUACCAGUGUGACCUUGAAUCCGCAUCCUUUGUUCGGGGGCCUACGGACAAAGCCGGUCGGCCCUCAGUUGCGCGGAGUGCCCUACUGGGACAUGAUCGAAUCCACUAACGAUGGCAUCGCACCCAUUUUCUAUAAACCUCCGCAAACACAUUUGCUGCGCGCCCUAGAGGAAGCACUUGGACACGACUAGUCGCAACGUUGACGAUGUCUGCAAAGAAACUAUUCGGAGCCUGUCUUUCCGACAGACUUCCACCAUUCUCAGUUUCAAAUGAACUAAAACGCGCAGUAACGCCCCGUAAGGCUAUUUUCUAUUCAGUCUUAGGAACAAUAUAAUACAAAUGAAUAAGGCACUCGAAAGAAGGCAGACAGUGCUGUCUCUCUGAGAAGACCUUACUUAGCGACUUAAUUUUCAACACGUGUGUGAGUAGAUGACUGAGUGAUUGAAACAACUUUAUUCAGUCCACAAUACACACGAGUAAACUCAACGUCACCUAGCUAGGCCCACUCAGGUACCAUCAGGUCAAACAUGACGGCCCUCUUGUGGGCCCUCUUGACUGCCAGGAUUUGAGAGGUCUGGUCCUGGGCCUUAAUAAGCUUCACCAUUUCCUCUUGGAUGAAAGAAGCGCUGCCCACCAGGACAUGCUCGAAGUCCGCGUAACCACCACAAAGGUGGUGUCCGGGCUUGGGAACCGUUCGGGGUACAUUCUGUGCAGUGCCGCAGAACUCGGGUAGGUGCUUGUUUGUACACGUCUGAGAGUGACUACAUGGGCCCUGUACAGGAAGGAGUGUGGCAGAGGCAGGAGUCUUCUUGAGAGAUAAUUAUGCUUGCAGAUCUUGUAAGAGCCGAGAGGCUGGGGUCGCCAAGGAGAGGACGCGUUACCCGGCGCACGGUCAGUCAAACCUAGUGCAGCCGAGUGCGCCUCCUCGUUGGGGUUGAGCAAGGCACCCUAAAUGGUUCAAAAGUGCACAGGAAACCAGGCCAAUGAUUGAUGUUUGAGGUCUGUGGCAUUUUCGAUGUGUUUCGUUUUUGUACCGACGAACAGUUUUCUUUUUCAUUUUUUCAUUUUCACCAUUUCAACCUGAUUGCGCAUAUAUUUCCAAUCUUCACCAGUAUACUUUCAGUUGCGUGUACAGAGCUUGCGUCUGCGAUCCUUCAAGUGCCUUGUUCAUUUGCACUGCUAUCCCAUUUACAAUCAACCUCAGUCAACCACUCCCGUUUGUCGCAAUACUGUGUUUUAUAUUAUAUAUUGAGUGAAACAAGUGGAUGGCGUUACGAAACAAAACAUAUUUUGUAUGUGUUAUGCGUUUCUUCUGAAAUGACAUAGCCAAAGUGCGGAACAUUUUUCGAUAAUAAAGAGGUAUAGCUUUAUGAGACCGGAUAAUGACUUCUUCAACAGGUCUUGACGUUCUCAAAGUCAUUUGGUGAAAUAUUUGCCAUUUGUCAUGAACGUCUGUUUCCGACAGUUCCAACAUGUUUGGUAAAUAAAAUACUUGUCUAAAUUAACAAAGUAAAGUCGCACUGAAACCCUACAAGUGAUGACCAUGAAAUAAAUUUGUUGAACGCUUCA